AUGCAGAGACAACUUAUGAAAAUGCAGCUCGCCCAGGCUCGGAGAAAUGCCACUGAGGGUAAGAAAGAUCAUAAUACAGAUAAAAUUAUGGUUGCCGCUGCCUCUAACGACCCACAGAAUCCACCUGACAUGUACCCAGUGCCCCAGCGGGCAGAUUGUUCUCCCUAUUCUUCUCCCGCAGAUCAAUCUCAGGGUUCGUGGGGUGGAGGACGUGAAGCGAGGUCUGGUGGACCCUACAGGGGAGGAGGUUUCCAGGGCAGCAGGAGAUUUCGUAACAAUGGCCCUCCCCGCCAGCGCGACUACUGGAAUCAGACACAAACAGCACCCAUACGCAACAACGCCUGCCACUCCUGCGGUAUGAACGGACACUGGUGGCGUGACUGUCCAAACUAUCCACCGAAUCCUCCGCAGCAACACAGCUACCCGAUGCGCGGCAUGGCCCGUGGCCCACCUCCGCAUAGACAGGGAGGACCACCCCAACCGCAGCGGCAGCAACAACAGCAACAGCAGCAGCAGCAGGCUCACCAGUUUCCAGUUGCAGUCACUGCCUGGGACCAGACCUGGGAGGCUCAGGACGCCUACCAGUAUCCUCAAUGA